GUAGCCGAGCCGCAGAAGCAGCAGCAGCAGCUCCUCCUCAUCCUCCUCAUCUUCAUCUCUUUUUUCGGGAGACCCUUACCCCGUUUUUCUUAUAGAAUAUUUCUUUCCAACUUCAGCUACAGUGAUAGCUAAGUUUGGAGGGGAGAAACGGGGAGAAACGUCGUUGUUUUUGUUGUUUUUUUGUGUCGGUCUAAGCAGGUUUUUUUUGACUCGACCCCCCCUCAUAUUUUUUUAACGUACAUUACAAAAAGACUAGACAGCGUUAAAGCAAGCAAGCAAAAAUAUUCUGGUUAUUUGUGCAUUUUUACUGGACAGCUUUUUAACAAAAAUGGAUAACACUGGAGCUAAGAAGACAUGCUUUGAAUCCAUCCGAGAUUUCUUCACAUCGGCGAAAUUCCUUAUUUAUAUGGGACAUGCACUGUCAACAUGGGGUGACCGAAUGUGGAACUUCGCUGUCGCUGUUUUCCUGGUUGAGCUGUAUGGAAACAGCCUGCUGCUCACAGCCGUGUACGGACUGGUGGUGGCGGGCUCCGUGCUGCUGCUGGGGGCAAUCAUCGGUGACUGGGUGGACAGAAACCCCAGACUUAAAGUGGCCCAGACUUCCCUGCUCGUCCAGAACAGUUGUGUCAUCGUGUGCGGGAUCCUCCUGAUGGUUGUUUUCCAUUUCAAAGAACAGCUUGUGGAGCUUUACAAUGGAUGGGUUCUGACCACCUGCUACAUUCUGGUGAUCACCAUCGCCAACAUCGCCAACCUGGCCAGCACGGCGACCUCCAUCACCAUCCAGAGAGACUGGGUGGUGGUCGUGGCCGGCCAGGACAGCAGCAGGUUGGCAGACAUGAACGCCACAGUGCGGAUUAUCGACCAGCUGACCAACAUCUUGGCACCCAUGCUGGUGGGUCAGAUCAUGGCCUUCGGCUCCCAUUUCAUCGGCUGCGGCUUCAUCUCCGGCUGGAACCUGUGCUCCAUGUGCGUAGAGUACGCACUGCUGUGGAAGGUCUACCAGAAGACGCCGGCGUUGGCCGUGAAAGCCGGACAAAAGGAACAGCAGCAGGAGCUCAAACAGCUCAGCCACCCGAAAGAGGUGGAGAGCGGUCAGAGUCCCGAGGAGUCAUCUCAGCCUCUGAUGAAUGAAGCCUCAGUGGUUGCCAAGUCAGACUCCCCCAAAGAGCAGGGUUGUUGCCACCAGAUGUCCGAACCUCUCCGCACCUUGAAGGCCGGCUGGGUCGCCUACUACAACCAGAACAUCUUCUUCGCCGGUUUGUCCCUGUCGUUCCUCUACAUGACGGUGCUGGGUUUCGAUUGCAUCACCACGGGCUACGCCUACACGCAGGGCCUCAACGGCUCCGUCCUCAGCCUGCUGAUGGGUGCCUCUGCUAUUUCGGGCAUCUGCGGCACCGUCGCCUUCACGUGGGUCCGCAAGAAGUGCGGCCUGAUCCGCACGGGCUUCAUCUCAGGCAUCGCCCAGAUCUGCUGCCUCGUGCUGUGCGUUGUGUCCGUCUUCGCUCCCGGGAGCCCCUUCGACCUCAGUGUGUCGCCCUUCCAGGACCUUUACACCCACCUGAUCGGGGAGAAGACGCUGCCCGAGGCCGACCACAGCCUCACCAGUAUUCUCACCGGCGGCAACACCACUACUACCCCCUCCCCGACUGAAGAGCUGCCGCCUCUGCAGUCCUACAUGUCUGUUAGUCUGCUGUUUGCUGGCGUCAUUGCUGCUAGAAUUGGUCUUUGGUCCUUUGACCUGACGGUGACUCAGCUGAUGCAGGAGAAUGUGAUCGAGUCGGAGCGAGGUGUGAUCAACGGCGUCCAGAACUCCAUGAAUUACCUCUUAGACCUGCUGCACUUCAUCAUGGUGAUUCUGGCUCCUAACCCGGAGGCUUUCGGCCUGCUGGUCAUCAUCUCCGUCUCCUUCGUGGCCAUGGGUCACAUGAUGUACUUUCGGUUUGCCUUCAAGAGCCUGGGCACCCGACUCUUCCUCUGCUUCUCGCCAGAGCAGAAGGUAGAGGCGGAAGACAGCCCCUCACUUCCUACCACCGUCUAACCCCAUUAAAGAGACUCUGUCCUGGGUACAUAUAUAUAUUUCUCAAGCCUCCCCCUUCCCCCUGCAUCUUAUUUAUCUAACUGCUUGUAGCUGGUAGACUGCUAAUGCUAACAUAAACCCAUGAGAAAGGUAACUUAACGAGCUAUGCAGAGCUAUUAACAGAAGCAUUAAUCAGCAGCAGCAGGACAGGAGGAGGUGAGUAGAAAGCUUACAGUCAUAGUUAACUAAUCCAAAAAGUAAAAAUCAGGGUUUCUCUAACUUUUCUCAGUCUGGGAGUGAAAGAUAGGAGCUUCAUUCAUGCAUCAGGCUCCUCAUUACAUUCGCAUGUACUGUCAAAUGAUGAUCCAUCACUUCUGGGCUCGGCUCGUGACCCUAUUUUACGGGUCCUGUUAAAGAAAUCAAGGGAUUAAGUUACUGUAAGAUAUUCUACUCCUUUAACUUAACCUGGAUGUAGCUGAGAUUUGUUUUUUUUUUUUUAAAAGGUGCUUCAGCUAACAGAAGGGUAAAAAUAACAACAACAAAAAAACGAGGGAGAACAUUAGCAGGGAGGGCGGACGCUGAGGCUUGAAUUCAGACUUUGAGGGACGACUGUCUGAGAUCCUAAAAGACAGAACAUCGCUCCCGCUCUUUUUUUGCCUCACUCAGUGACGUCACUGGUGCUGUAGCUGCGUCCGCUAGCUGUUCUCUUGAUCGCCUCGCGUCAGCUUACAUCUAACACGUGCAUGACGAGCAGGUCGUGGGUAUCUUCCUCCUCUAGAUGGUGGGUUGGUGUAGCGGGCGGAAGAUGCUUUUUAACAUUGUUUUUAUUUAACCAAACACAAACUGGGAUCUAGUCUCUUUAAUAUGUGCUUAUAAGGGUUUUGCAGUUUGCUGUAUUCUAUUCAGGAAAAUGCAGACGAUGGUUUUUUAAUUAUUAUAAUAGUUGCAUCAACAGUAUUGUGUUGCGCCGCGCUCGAUGUUGAGGUUGCGCAACGCUAAAGGAAGAAUGAGAAAAAAAUCAUAUGCACCCUUUGUCAAUAGCUCUCUCUCUCAUUUACCAAAGUCAAGCUCCAAUAUGUGGCAUAAAAAGGAAGUGAGGGAAACCAGUUUUCUGUCUAUCUGAAGCAUUCCAAAUAUAUAUUUUUUACAUCAGGUGAUAAGUAGUUGUGUACUGUAGGUUCACUAAUGCUUCCAUACGCCCCCUAAUAUAUCUGAAUAUUUCUAACCCGCUCUGAGAUUGUACUUACAUUUUUGUUUUUUUGUCUAUUUUACUGGUAGUUUACAUCAAUAACGUCUUUUUUCUUUUCUUGUCACCUUUUUUUGGUGAUUUUUUUAAUGUUUGAGGUUGAUUUUUUUCUUUUUUCAAUCGUUGAUUGUUGUUACACAGGCACUUUAAGUGAUUGACAUCUGUCAUUACAUCUAAUGCAUGAUCAGGCAUUUGAUCAAUAUUUUUGCACAAGUCCUGACUCCUCUCUAAACCCCCCCAACCACCCCUCCUGCCCCCGUCCUCGCCCCCACUGCACAAUCUUUAAAUCACUUGUAGGGAGUUCAGACACUGUCGAAUAGGGGAGAGAAGGGUUAGGGUUAUGGUUCAAAAAGGCACAUAUUGUAACGUUCAAACGCCACAUGUUCAUGAGGAAACAAUGCAAAUCUUGAGUAAACCCCCCAAAAGUUUACCUCAGAUGCCCCCCCCCCCCCCUUCAUUCCCUCCAGAAGCCAGCCAGGGAGCUUAGUCAGCAACUUUUAUCUGAUCUCAGUUUACCGCUUCAGGCUGCCAACAGACUCCACACUGAGUCAGAGUUUUUGUUCUGACUGCUGUAAGCUUCAGCAGAGGUGGAAACAUUUUUUCACUUUACUCAAGUUAGAUUUGACUUAUUUGGCUUUACACUACAAGUCUAAGAAAUGUGCUUUCUACUACAUGAAAGUUAGUUUUUUUGGGUUUGGACAUUUGGUUUGUGAUUUUCCAUAUUUUUCAUUGUUAACUAAUCUUAUUUAACUUGAUGCAUCUGAGAAGUCGUACAUGGAAAUUAUUCAGAUUUGAAGAACCGUCUGUCUGUCACGGUCUUACCUUGCGAGGCAUCUGGAUUCUUGAGAUUUUGCGAGAAUCCUCAUAGGACUCCGAUACCGGUGUUUCGGACACAAACCUAUAACUUCGUAUCCAGAAUCCAGCAGCCAUAAUAAGAUAAAAUCUCUUUAUGGGACACUGAUUGGUCCGAACAACCGGAAUAACUUUGAUUCCAGAAUCCAGCGGCCUCACAAGUUAAAAUCUCAUAUUUGGAGCCAAACCAACAAUGGAUUGAUUCUACUUACUGUAUCGUGUGUGUAUCUGAAACCUGAUAUAUCUUCUUCCUUUGCGCUGUGGACAUCCGUUGUCGUCCAAAAACUAUUAAAAAAUACAUUGAUAAGCCACACCACCGCACUAAGCAACGUAAUCCUUCAUUACAAAGAUUAAAAUCACUUUAGUUUGUUUAGAAACGGCUCCAAAGACGAAUAACACUGAUCACAUUUUCAGUCUCCAGAGAGUAGUUCCUUGUAAGGCAGACGCCAGAGUUUCGAAACCGUUUGGAGUCUUUUCUAAACAAACUAAUGUGUCUGUGAAUCUUGUUGGUAAAGGAAAAUGCAGCAGAGUGGCUUAUUGAUUUGUUUUUAGUAAGUUUUGGGAAACAAUGGAGCCCUGCAGCACAGAGGAAUAAGAGAUAUCAGGCUUACAGUAAGAUGAUCAGUUUGGCUCUGCACAACCUCCUCUCUAGAUCUACCCAAACUAAUCCUCCUCUCCAGUUCUAAAGCCUUAUUGUAAAAGAGCCUUGUCAGCUGUUAAAACGCACACAUGUGGCUACACCCUUAAAAUAAAUGUUAGAUUUUUUUUAAGUAAAGGUGCAGGAGAAAUAUUUGAGUUGGAAACAGAAGAAACCACAGCAGAUGUAGGAGAACAGUAGUCCAGUUUGUUUUUUUGUUUUUUUUAGCUGAAAAACUUGUGAGUCAAGAUGUCUUGCAGGUGCUGACCUUUUUCAUGUUUCCACCGGAGUUUAACGUAAACCUCAAACUCGAGAUGAAGAGAACAAAAACCAGCUUUUUCUUUUCCUUUUUUUUGUUUUGUUUUUACAACAGUUGGUCUGCUGAUUCAGGAAUAUAUCUCACAUGGCCAUAAACUAUAUAUUUUUAAUGUAAAUAACAUUAACUGUCAGUCAAUAUAAGCCUACGUAAAUACACAAUUGGAAAAUGUAAAAAAAACCAUAUAUAUAUUGUGUAUAUUGUUAUCAAGCUGUUUGUCUGGAAAUGUUGACUUUUUUAUGUGUUUUUAUAUACUUAGUGUUAACAUUAUGUGUCAAAUUGAGGUUUAUAAGAUUUUUUUUUUUUCAAAUUUGUGCUUAAAGGCAAUUCCUGCAUCUGUAUCAUACUGCUUUAAUCUGACAAUAUAUAUAUAUCUGUACAUAUAUAUAUCAGUGUUUUUGUAGUUUGAUAGACAAAAAGCAACAAAUCAUAAAGAAAUCAAAUUCAGUUUUAUGUCAAUAUAAUCGCACUCCAUUGAAUAGGACGUUGGUUCUGCUUGUGUUGCAUGAGGUCUCUUUAAAUAAAGAAAACCUUGACGAUCACCUAUGUA